GGACGUCUGGUUUCGCCCCCCGGCUCCCCGCACACGAUGACGCCGCCAUGGGCGAGCGCAGCACUGAGCAGCAGGCGCGCGUCAGCGUCACGUUCGUCAACGCGCCGUCGUCGUGGAAGAAGGCGCAGGCCAAGUUGCGGAAGGCCAGCAGUCACCUAGGGCUCAUCCUGCUGCUGAUGGUUUAUACAGCCGGCGGCGCCAAGGUGUUCCAGGACAUUGAACUACCACGCGAGCGAGCGGACGUGGAGGAGGUGUACGGUCGGGUGAUGGACAGCCGGCGCCAGCUGGUGGGCACCAUCGUCAACAGUUCGGACGUGGCCCGCAUCAGCGCCAACGUGAGCUCCCUAUUGGAGAAGUACGAGGCGGUCCUGCUGGAGGCCGUCAGGUCUGGUGUCGAUCUUACACCCGGUCAGACCAGCUACAAGUACAAGUGGAACUACAUACAUUCCCUGUUCUUCACGUCCACCGUGCUCACCACCAUUGGCUACGGCAACAUGGCGCCGCGUACGGUGGCCGGUCGGCUGUUCUGCAUGCUGUUCGCCAUGAUCGGGAUCCCGCUGACGGUGACGGUGAUCGCCGACCUGGGCGCGUUGUUCGCCACCUCCGUGUCGAGGCUGUACGAGAGGCUGAAGCAGCGCUGGUGCAGCGGCGACGGCGGCGCCUCCUCCCAGCGGCAGAUGUCGGAGCGGCAGGAGCGCGCCCUCACAGUGCUGGUCUCCGUCGCCUUCCUCGUUCUGUAUAUCGCCAUUGGCGGCGGCGUCUUCCUGCUUUGGGAGGAAUGGACCUUCCUCGAGUCGUUCUACUUCUGCUUCAUCACCAUGACCACCAUCGGCUUCGGCGACUUCGUUCCCGCCAACGCCGAGUACAUGCUGGUGUGCACGGUGUACAUACUGGUGGGGCUGGCGCUCACCACCACCAUCAUCGAGAUCGUGCGUCGUCAGUACGCCCAGUCCUGGCAGCAGAUGAAGAUGCUGACCGCCCGGCUCCAGAGUCUGUCCGGACCACUGACGGAACACCUGAAAAAGCUGGGCGAGCACGGCCACGGCGUCACCAUGGACGUCGACCUGCUGCGCGAGAUCAAGGAGCUGCGCAAGACGAUGGCGAACGCCAAGAUGAAAAACGGCUUCGCCUGGGACGACGCCGAGCUGGAUGCGCUUGCCCCGCAACCGCCCGUGCUCCAGAUCGUCAUCUACGAGAGCAACGUGUAACGGGGGCGCCGCGGGCGGACCGUCGAGCGUCACUCCCCCCCCCCCCC